UACAGCAAACAAGGACGCCCAUCCUGGCCUUGAAGCAAGACUAGUACAAUUCGUGAACUUGUGGAAGUGCCAGUGACCAGGUGACAAUGUGUGGAAAUGCGAGAUGAAUGCCAGACCAAUCAUCACAGGCCGGUCUAGUACCUAGCCUCCCCACAUGGCAUCCCAGAACUACCUCUGGGCGGUGGACAACUGCGGCCACGUCCACACCUUGUCCACUACCUCCCAGCUCUGGCAGCAGCGAAGCCUGGCUUCCGACGGUCACUUAGUGGAGUUUAAGAAAGUGACCGCUAGCAAGCACUGUGCUUGGGCCUUGGGGUGCGACCAGGAGCUAUAUGUGUACAUGUACCCCAGUGAUGUACCUAUCAGAUGUCUGGAGUACACAUACGAGAAUCAGAGAUGGAACCCAGUGCAUGGAUUCUCCCAGAAGGGUCUCUUCCCAACGGACCGUGAAUGCUGGACCGAUGAGAAAGGAAUCCGUCCGUUACCCAAACCCAAAGACACCAAGCUACCAUCAAGCCACUGGGUGUGGGAGUAUGAGUGGCACGUGGAUGAGAGUAUACGGGGCAAGAGGACAGGCAAAGGGGGUUGGCAAUAUGCAGUCAAUUUUAAUGCCAGGGAAAACUUCACACCAGAGAAGCAUUGGAAUUCUUGUGUCCGAAGGAGGAAAUGGAUCCGUUAUAGGAAGUUCAAAGCAACAGGUGUAUGGGCAGUGGUGCCCAGUCUGUUCCCUGAUGCUUUGGAGGAACCCUUCCAUGACAUUGCUAUUGGGGGAGGUGAGUUACCAGGACGACCUGAGGGAUAUCUAUCUGUCUGGACCAUCACAGCUCUUGGCAAGGUUUACUGCCGCACUGGAGUCAACCUCAAGUGUCCAGAAGGGAUAGACUGGCAGGAGAUGAAGACACCUGAGGACAAAGGCCUAGUGCAGAUAUCUGUAGGACCUACUGGUGUUGUAUGGGGUGUAACAUGGGAUGGAUUGGGUAUAGUCAGGACUGGUGUAUCCAGAGACCAUCCGCUAGGAACUGGCUGGCAGUAUGUUGCCCCGCCCGAGGAGCCUGGCUUAGGCCAGGUAGCCGUGGGUCUCAACGCGGUCUGGGCAAUCAGUAGAGAUAACAAGGUUUGGUUCCGUCAGGGCUUCGAUGCCAUCCGAGCGUUAGUGGACACCAAUGCGUGCAAGGGUACCAGCUGGGUGGAGAUGGUAGGCAAGAUGGCGGCGAUAUCCAUCGGUCCUAAUGAUCAGGUAUGGGCCCUCGGAUUUGUUGACAGGCAGAUCUUCUUCCGUGCUGCGGUGACCCACGAGGAGCUCUGUGGUCGAUCCUGGAAACUGAUUGAUGUCCAUGAACGUCAGAGAAGCUCAACGGGUGGCAGCCAUGACGCCAACAGUCUGCACGGUAGCAUGUCAUCCCUGUCCAUGGGAAGUGAUUAUAGCUCCUCCUGGCAAGGCAAGGAAUCUCCGAUCAAUGUAGAUGGGGAGGAGUUUCAGCGAACACCUCGAUGCGUCACUAUGCCUGCCUUGGCACUAGGAACCAGACCUGUUAAGACGGGGAGUGAGAUUGUCUCAAGGAAUGCUGCAGGGAAAGUAAUCAGGACAAUCGCUGUUCAAGUGGAUGAGGACCAAAUAGCGACGGUCUUGGAGAGAGAAGUAAAUGAGACGAAAGUCGACUUGGAUCCGAUGCUGGUCUGUGCAAAAUGGACAUCCGUCCAACAAAGUACAGAUGAGGACUUGGUGACAACUCAGACCACUCAGAGCAAAUUGGCAAUCAAUCAAGUAGCUGGGCUCAAUAAGAGAAACAGUAACGGGAAAGUGGUGACUAAAGAGUCCAGGAAUAUGGAUAUCACUGAGAGCAAGACAAUGCGGUCUGCAUCCAGCGAUCCGUCACUGAGCAGCUCUGCCGAAGACAGUGGGUUCUCAUCAGAUCCCACCAAAACCUGCCAUGUUCCCCCAAGCGAGGGGGUGACAUUAACACAACUUCACGAGGAUUACGAAAAGCGAGAUAGGGCCCGGCAGGACUCGUACUCCUCAGACUACUCGGACACCGUCAUCAAUUUCAUCGGUAGUUUAGAUGAGCCGGAGGACACAAAAAGUCUGGACACUGAGACCAACAAAGCGACUCAAACACAAGCCAUCACAGAAGAGGUGCCAACCGUGGAAGGUGUAACUAGUGAACACUCGCUUUCCAAAAGCAUUGAGGAUUUGAAUGACACUGCCCGACUGGAACGAAGAAAUGCCUACAGGAGUAGAAGUGAAACCUGCCCCAUGCCGAUGCCGGUUAUCACCAUUGAUGACGUAGACCCAGCAAGUAACACAGUCCCUACGAUUAAACCCCUCAGGAGCAUAAGCCUUGAACAGAAUGGAAUCCGAAGCCAAGAUAGUCUAUCAUCAAACUUUUCGAGUGAGGAUCGUUUGACAGUCGGUGGGGACGAUACUUACCGAGACAGUAGUUUGUCUGAUCUGACCUCCUCAGGUGAAGGCGGGUGUCUGCUGUGGGUGUCGGUCAGUGGAGCAGGGUGUACCAUCGACCCAAUGGCCUCACCCAAAUGGUUUGAGCAAAGUGUGAUCAGCAAUGCCAGUCUGAGACACAGGUUAAUGGAUGGAGCAUGGAGAUGGCAGAUCCUAGCAUUACUCAAGACUAGAAGGGAGCGAGAAACCAAUGAUUUCAGUGAAGUACAGCUGGCCGUGGAAAGGACAUCUUGGGUGAAGGUUGGUCGGAUGCAGUGGUACAGCGAAGGCAAACGACGCCAGUGGAUUGACUGUACAGUGGAACUACAGAAAGGUGUGGAUGGGGUUGGCUUAGAAGAACCGACGUUCACCUGCCUUUAUAACCAGUAUGGCAAAAUCAAGCAAAUCCAGUUUCUGUUGAGUGAGAUAACAUGCGUCUUAGAAGUCAAUAACUUUGAUCGGCCUGCGUUCGCCAUCUACACUGCCAAACGUGUGCUGGAACGGAGACCAGUCAAGCUGAGGGUUGGUAACGACAAGGAACUUCAGGAAUGGGUGUCUGCUCUCAGCCUAGCUUGUUGUGAGAGUAGAGGCAUCACCGGUCCCCCGCCCCCUACCGCCGCCUGGUGUAUUACAUGCCGUGGGGAUAUCUUUGUGUACGACACACUGCCCAACAUGGAGACUGCUCCCUCGUCACUCAUGUUUUGGCGUCAGAUCGGAGGUCACAUGGCAGUAAUCGAGGCCUGCCCAGCGGGCGUGGUCUGGGGUCUAGGAAUGGACAGCACCCUGUGGGUCUAUACUGGGGGGUAUGGGGGAGGCAUCUUCAAAGGUGUGCACAGCGGUGUAGGUACACAGACGGAUCACAAGCACGUCUGUAUCUAUGAGAACCAACGAUGGAAUCCGAUACUGGGAUUUACCGACAGGCCCUAUCCUAUCAAUGAGACAGGCUGGACUGAUGAGGCAGGCAAGAUGGAAUGUUCCAAAGAAGCUGUCAAUCCUCCUACUAGGCACUGGCAAUGGAUAACUGAGUGGAGAGUUGAUUUCACUGUUCCUGGAAGCACAGACAACGAAGGUUGGCAGUAUGCCAAAGAUAACAAAAGUCGUAAAGGAUACCAUAAGGAUAAGAGAUGGAACGAUUAUGCACGACGGCGACGUUGGAAAAGGAAUUGCCAGCUAGUUACGACAGGUCCCUGGCGUGAGAUUCCUAACCUGGCUCUCAUUGACGUCUCCAUGCAGCCCGACAUUGAUGACAACUGGGAUGGCCCCAUUGCAUUGUGGGCCAUCGCCUCCAACGGCGACGUCUUAACCAGGCUCGGCAUCACCAGGCAUAGCCCUGAGGGAUACAGUUGGCAGCAUGUUCCGACCGACCAGCCAUUCCGGUCGAUCUCCAUGGGGGGUAGUUAUCGCGUCUGGGCCGUGGCCAAAGACGGAUCUGCGUUCUUCCGGAACGGAAUUCACGUGCGAAACCCAACUGGUGAUGCAUGGUUUCACAUCGCACUGCCAGCUAUUGCUCCUUUGAUUCAGAUAUCAUGCGGGGCUACAUCAGUAUGGGCCGUAGACAGUCAAAUGAAUCUUUGGUAUCGUGAGAACAUCACUCCAACUUUCCCAGAGGGAACUCGCUGGAUCCUCGUCAGCAACAAAGUCCGCAAAAUCUCUGUUGGGCCUCGGGAUCAGGUCUGGAUCAUAGCUGAUGAAGUCAACGGCGCUAAAGGUGUUAUCUGUCGUCGGGAAGGCAUCAGCCCCAAGAAACCUACCGGCACUUCCUGGGAUAAAGGAGCAGGGGGAGGUAUCAUGUACCUGACGAUCCGAGGAUGUGCCAAGCAAAGGUCACUUGAGGUCAAGAUGGCUGACAUUGCUCAAGCCAUGGUUCAGGGUCAGGUAGAGAACACUGACAGCAUCAUACAACCCUACACUAGCUCCAUGGAUAACGUGCUCUGCUGAUGAUGCCAUCUGAGAUAUGCUUGAUAUCGUCCUUGGGCACGAAGAGUAGAUGACGCUUUGCGAUCACUGACAGCCCCAUUGGUUUUUGAUAUGUUACGAAGUAGGCACUACUUGCAUGGCGAAAGCAACGUGCUGACUUCCCCAGGCAGCAACUACCCCACGACGGGUUGCCUAAACAGCUAGCACAAUGCUUUCGUCAUUGUUCUCCCUGUGAUUGUUAAGAGUGAUAUCGUGCUUGACAAUACUAUUACAUAAACAUGUAUUUCCAAGUGUGCCACUGUUGUAAGUGCCGUCAACCCUGAUUGGAAGAUUCAUAACAUUUUGUAACUGCCUACGAUUCCUAAGAUACUCACAGACAGUAUACUCAACUAACAACCAUUCAUCAUUCCAUUAAUAAUAAUAAUAAUAUAAUAAUCGGCAUUUAAGAACACUCUUAUUAGUAAGCUAAAUCACAGCGCUUACAGUAUUAUUAUUACCCCUGAUCAUUGGGCCAAUUAAAUAUUCCAAAUACCAGCUCAUCUCCCUGGGGAGUAUACAGCUCGAUGCAGCCUGUUAGGCGCAAGCAAGCUUAUUCAAUCACAAUAACCAUCUCUGCCUUCACAGGU